AUGGCCAUCUGGCUCCUCACUGUGCCGGCUCCAUGGCCAGCCCAGUGGACGCGUCCCCUGCAGGCCAUGCCAGUGGGUUGGGUCCCCACCGGAGGAAGAGGACCACCUUCAGCAGAGGGCAGCUGCUGGAGUUGGAGCGGGUGUUUGCAGCACGGCCUUACCCCGAUAUCGGCACCCGUGAGCACCUGGCCCGGGUCACCUGCCUCCCUGAGGCCAAGAUACAGGUGUGGUUCCAGAACCGCAGAGCCAAGAGAAUCAAGAAUAGGAAGCCAGGAGGCCUAAGUCCCAGGCCCGAGCCUCCCCAGAGAUCCCGUUCUCUUCCGGACACCAUCCAGCAGUCCUGGGAGCCCCGCACCCUUGGCCAGCCUCCACCCUCCAACAGCACAGCUCAGUGUGCCUCUGUGUGUCGACAUGCCUCCUGUCCAGCUCCUGGCUUGGGUCCAGGGCAGGGCUGGGUAGGGGCUAAAGCUACGGCCCCAUGGGGACCAGCUGGGGCUUCAGGGGUCCACGUCUCUUCAGAACGAGCUACUCCCCAGACCUCACUGGGCAGCCUGUCUGACCUCAUCUAUGCCUCGGCCAUUGUCACCAACCUGGACCACUCCUAAUCUAGGUCUAGAACUUGCAAGUCCCUUCCUCUGGCUCCUGUAGCCCAUCCUGCCCCUUAAGACUGAACACACCAGAACUGGAUCCCCUGCCCUCUCCUUUUACACAAGGGAGUUCUCUUAUGGGAAGAAAGUUUAGCUCAGGGAUCCCUCUCUUCCACUGUCCUCCAGGCCAGCCUAGAUGCGGGUGCUAUGGAGUGACAAGGGCCUGGCUUCUGCUACCCAGCACCCCGCCCCUCCAGGGACACCUGCCCAUCAUCUCGGCAGGAGGUACCUACAGAGGGAUGAGGUAGGAGCCCAUGUUUCCCACUUCUCCUGCCAGGCCUGGUCCCCAGUUCUUCUCAUCACAGCUGACAACACGUCCUCCCUCUAAAGGAGAAUGGGCAGCUGCCCCUCACCCAAGGGCCCUUCAGGCCAUUACCUAACUGACUGUUAAGUGAGCUAGGAGAGUGCUGAUACUAAUUUUAGACUGCAGGGAUCAAUCCUUUUACAGUUCAGGGCCCCCCUCUCCUGUCCUCCUGCCACCUGGACGAAUUAAUCAGAACCAUGGAUCUGAAGAGGGAGUGAUAUUAAAGUAAUAAAGUAGAAAUAGGAAUGCAGGGCUUAUGUUGAUUUAAUUUUCACAAAUAUCAGAUUGGCUGCCCUCUGACCUGGGGCUGCAGAGACAACCUGACAGAUUCAGGAUGGGGUGGGUGUGGUGCAUGUGGCAGCAUUGGGUUUUGGUAUCACUAU